UGUGAACAAUAUGCCCGAUUUCCACUCUAUCCAAGUCUAAGACAAUUAGCCCAUGACUUUUUAAUUGUGUGUAGUAACUUACGUCUAACAUACAUAUGUUAUUCGAGCUGGAUAUUUGUUAAAAAUAGAUAGUGUACGAAGUUGACUUAUUGUACCGAAACGGGGUGAUGUUUGAUAAAUAAAAGGAAGCCACUGAUAUCAAAACCAUUUGACGCCGACUAUUUAAAUGUGAAGAAGAACAAACAUAAACUAUAAGAAUGCCGGCUGUAGUGAACUCGUCUUUAACCUAUGAAAUACUGAUGUAUUUGAAUUCAUUUUAUUUCGGCAUGUUUGCUGUUUGCGAAUUGGGAAUGAGCGUUUUCAAAGCUGUCAAACUACCCACUCCUGGAGCUGGUAUUUUACUGGGAGAAUUUUCAUUGUUACUUUUUCUGAUCAUAACGGAAGGUGGUCGAAUUUAUCUUGGAAGAAAAGGAAACUUGACGGAACGAGGACUGCCAAUGUUGCUGGGUAUUCUGCUCACUAUCCCUAGUGCCCUGGCAACUCUUUAUUUCCUCAUAUGGCAGAACUAUGCUCUCCGCCUCGAACUUAUCCUUUGUAGUAUUCAGUUGGUCCUGCACGCCACCGAAGUGAUCAUAUCCAUCUUGUGCCUCGUAGCCAUUUACAGACCUCCCUCUACAGAAGAAUGAUUCUAACCUAAGAAAAAUCAUGCACGUUAGUUUCAUACUCAUCCAUGUCAUGGUAGUCAAGCAUAAAUGUGCCUUUUUGUCAGAUACGAAACUAGUUCAUUUAGAAGUACCCAAUGAAGCAUAUCAUAUUAUUUUCAUUUGUACAGUUAACAAUAAAUGCAAUCGUACCUGACGAAAUGUCAUGAUGAUGACGAACGUUACAGCUCCAAACUUGGAAAUUGUAAAGAAAAUAUACAACUGCCCAGUUGCUGAACAUAUUGAAAUAAGCAGACAGUCAAUUAUGAAGUGAGGGUACUAGAACAAACGAAAUGUCCAUCAGCCACAAAAAAAAAACAAUAAAAAUGAUGUAUGAAA